AUGAAUGUCUUUCGAGAUGGCUGGUUUACGGAAUUACCACCGUCAUUAAAAAAUGACGAUCCAGAAAUGGCGAACAAAGACGAUGAUUUGGACAGUUUUGAUAACCAUAUUUGGUCUGGGCAAGCAUUCUCAUUGAAGGUUGAUAAAGUGCUUGCUCAUGAAAGAAGCAAAUAUCAGGAUAUCUUAAUUUUUAAAAGCAGCACACAUGGUAACGUGUUAGUGCUUGAUGGCGUAAUUCAAUGUACAGAGCACGACGAAUUCGCUUAUCAAGAAAUGGUUACUCAUUUAGCAUUGUUUUCUCAUCCAAUGCCUCGGAAAGUAUUAGUUAUUGGUGGUGGCGAUGGUGCUGUUUUGAGAGAAGUGCUGAAACAUGAAUGUGUAGAAUCAGUAACCAUAUGUGAAAUUGAUGAAACAGUAAUCAAUCUUUCAAAGAAAUUUCUCCCUCAUAUGUCUCUCGCAUUUAGUAGUUCGAAAUUAAAACUUGCUGUCCAAGAUGGAUUUGAUUUCUUAAAGGAACACAAAGGAGAAUUUGAUGUGAUCAUAACCGAUUCAUCUGACCCAAUUGGACCAGCAAAGAAGCUUUUCAGUAAAACUUAUUACGAUUUAAUCAAAGAAGCGCUAACGGAAAAAGGAGUGCUUUCUUCUCAAGGUGAAUGUCCUUGGCUUGACAUGAAGUUGAUUAAAAACGUCAUUAAACAUGUGUCAACUUUAUAUCCUCGUGUAGCUUAUGCAGUUGGGUUUGUACCUACAUAUCCCUCUGGGCAAAUGGGUUAUUUGUUAUGCAGCAAAGAUGAGAAGCAUGAUCUUACGAUACCACAAAAAAUGUUAUCAGAAUCUGAAGUCAGGCGGAUGAAUUUGAAAUAUUAUAAUUCAGAUAUACAUCGUUCAGCUUUUAUACUUCCUCAGUUCAUAAAAGAAGCUUUAUGUGUGUAA